GGAAAAGCCCCCUGUAACCAGUUCCAAUCUUUGGGGAUAAGGCUCAGGAACCGCAAGGACAAUGCCGAUAAGAGUGGGGCUAACAGUGCGAGCGAUCAGCCAUCUCACUGUCCACCUAACUCGAACCCUCUUCCCCGCCGUGGCCGCCACAAUCAACCAGGCAAUGGUGGGGCAGCGACCAGCAAAUCUUCCCGACUUCUUCUCCUUCGAUCACCUGAAGAAGCCUUCUUGACUCACAGGUGUCCCAUCAGUCACGAGGCGUUGUCGCAGAGCCCAGCGCAGUCCGAAUUCGCAUUUUGUCGCAGUUUAAAAAAGUUGGCGCCCGCGACCCCGCCAAUCUCCCUAGACACCACGAGACCCAGAAGCCCUUUCGUAGAACACCGCUGAACCACGGUCAAAAUGUCCAACAACGUUCAAGAAUCGUGGGAGGAUGAUGCCUCCGCCCACGACGAGAACCUGGCGCGCCAGACUCAGCAAAUGAACCUCAACCAGCAGGGUGGUUUCCGCCCCGGUGCUGCCUCUUUCCAGCCAACAGCCCAGACCUUCCAGCCUGGCCAGGGCUACGGUGGUUACAACCAGUAUAACCAGCAGCAGCAAUACUAUGGCGGCCAAGGCCAGGGCUACUAUGGUCAAUAUGGCCAGCAAGGGCAAGGCUACGGGCAGGGGUACGGUGGUGUUUACGGUCAAAACCAGGGCGGCUACAACCAGGGACAAGGUUACGGUCAAUGGCAAGGCUACCAGCAGCAACAGCAGCAACAACAAUACCAGUACCAGCCUCAGCAACAGCAGAACCAGCAACAGGCCCCCAAGCCUACUCCCACCAUCGUAAAGAGGCCAGCUCAGCCAGCCCUGGGCGAAGCUUCCAAGCCAGCGCCCGCCAAGGACAUUGGUGCAAAGGUAUUGAGCAUUGGAGGCGACGCGAAGCCCAAGGCCAAGGUACUCUCGAUCGGCAAUCCUGCGCCCGCUAAAGACGAGGCGCCCAAGGCCAAGGUGCUUUCGAUUGGCAACCCUGCGCCCGCGAAGGAGGAGCCCAAGACGGAGGAGACGAAGAAGCAGGAGGCGAAGAAUGAGGGCACCGCCCAGGCGGCUCAGAAGGUUGCUGCGGCCAAGGCGGUAGAGAAGACAGAUUCUCAGGCGGCCAGCGGAAAGACUUCGCCAGCUCCCUCUUCUGGCCGUUCCAGCCCGUCCCGCGCCGCGGCCGCCAAGGCUGCUGCUCGCGACGCCGAUGCUGUCGAGAAGGAGCAGAGCGCCGAUGUCGAUGACGAGACUCUCAAGGAAGUCUACGGAAAGGAGCACGUCAACAUCAUCUUCAUCGGUCACGUCGAUGCUGGCAAGAGUACUCUUGGUGGUGCCAUUCUCUACGUCACCGGCAUGGUUGACCAGAGAACACUCGACAAGUAUAAGAGAGACGCCAAGGAGAUGGGCCGUGAGACCUGGUAUCUCUCCUGGGCUCUUGAUCUGACCAACGAGGAACGUUCCAAGGGCAAGACCGUCGAGGUUGGCCGUGGUUUCUUCGAGACAGACAAGCGCAGAUACAGUAUCUUGGAUGCUCCCGGCCACAAGACCUAUGUCCCCAACAUGAUCGGUGGUGCUUCGCAGGCCGAUGUUGGUAUUCUCGUCAUUUCUGCCCGCAAGGGUGAGUACGAGACCGGUUUCGAGAAGGGCGGUCAGACCAGAGAGCACGCCAUGUUGGCCAAGACUCAGGGUGUGAACAAGCUCAUUGUUGCCAUCAACAAGAUGGACGACCCUACUGUCAACUGGUCCCACGAGCGUUACCUCGAGUGCACCACCAAGCUCCAGCAAUUCUUGAAGGGCACUGGCUACAACCUUAAGACGGAUGUCUUUUUCAUGCCCAUUGCUGCUCAGCAGACCAUGGGUAUCAAGGACCGCGUGCCGAAGGACGUCUGCCCCUGGUAUGACGGGCCCUCGCUUCUCGAGUACCUUGAUGGCAUGAAGGCUCUGGAGCGCAAGAUCAACGCGCCUUUCAUGAUGGCCGUUGCCGGCAAGUACCGUGACAUGGGCACCAUGAUCGAGGGUAAGAUCGAGGCCGGUGUGGUCAAGAAGGGCAUGAGCGUCACCAUGAUGCCCAACAGGCAGUCGGUCGACAUUGCGGCCGUCUACGGCGAGACGGAAGACGAAGUGAACCUCGCCCAGUGUGGUGACCAGGUUCGUCUCCGUCUCCGCGGCAUUGAAGAGGAAGAGAUCAUGCCCGGUUUCGUCCUCUGCUCGCCCAAGCGCUUGGUGCAUAACGUUGCCCAGUUCGAGGCCCAAAUCCGCAUUCUUGACCUCAAGAGCAUUCUCACUGCCGGCUUCAACUGUGUGUUGCACGUCCACGCUGCCAUUGAGGAGGUCACUUUUGCGGCUCUGCUGCACAAGCUGCAGAAGGGUACCAACAGGAAGAGCAAGCUGCCGCCAUCCCAUGCCAAGAAGGGUGACAGCAUCAUUGCCCGUCUGCAGGUGACUGGCGGUGCUGGGUCGGUGUGCGUGGAGAGGUUUGAGGAUUACCCCCAGAUGGGUCGUUUCACUCUGCGUGAUCAGGGGUCAAACCAUUGCCAUUGGCAAGAUCACCAAGCUCAUUACUGA